GAGAGAGGAAAGAAGAGAGGAAAAACCCAACACCUUUAUUAUCAAUCAUAAUAUUCCUCAAUACACAUUAUAAAGAUGGUCACUCUUAACUCAAACCCUGAGAUUCUCUUGCGUAAGCGUAAGAAUGUUGAAAGAAAAAGAAUCGAAAAGCAAGAAGCUGCCAGAGCCAGAGCAGCUGAACAUAAAAAGCGAAAUCUUCUCAGAUCUAAGAAGUUCAUUCGUGCUGAAACCUUAGUAUCCAACCAUAAGUCUGCUGAGCUUGAAGCCAAGAGAGUCAAACAUAUCACAAAGCAUGAACAAAUGAAGCAAGAACAAGGUAUCAGUGCCAAGCACUCUGACGAAGAAACCGACCCUCGUCUUCUUUUCAUCAUUCGUGUUCCUGACCACACUAAAGGUCUUAAAAUUCCUUCAAAAUCCAAGAAAAUCCUUGCCCUUUUACGUUUAAACAAGCCAAACACUGGUGUUUUCGUAAAGGCUACCCGUGCCACUAUUCCUCUUUUGAAAUUGAUUUCUCCUUAUGUACUUGCUGGUAAGCCAUCUUUAAGUUCUGUACGUAGACUUUUCCAAAAGAGAGCUUGCAUUUCCGCAUUAGACGAAGAAGAUCAAUCCCCUAAGAUUGUCAAGCUUGACAGUAACGCUGCCGUUGAAGAUAAAUUUGGUGACGACUUGGGUCUUAUUUGUAUUGAAGACUUGGUACAUGAAAUCAUUACUAUGGGUGAAAACUUCAAGACUGUCAGUUAUUGGGUGAUGCCAUUCAAGCUUAACACUCCAGUCAGUGGUUGGGGUCCACAAGCUAAAUUGGCCAAGUUACAAUAUGCUGAAGAACAUCAAAGAAAGGUCUCAUUGGCUGGUGAUGCCAAGUUGACCGAGAUAGAUAUCGACAGUGUCAUUGAUGAACAAAAUUAGAAAGGGGGAGGUGUCCUAGCAUGAAGUAGAUAUAUAUUAUAUACAAUUACCA